AAUGAUAACGAUGCUAAAAUGCAAACAAUCUCGAGUGCUCGUUUUAUACCGGCCACUUCAAUCUUACUGCAUAUAAGGACCGUAGUGGAGUUGCCACAUUCAUUUAUGGAGCUACAGCGUUAUAAGUAAGUGAAAAUGCGGUUGUUAGCGCUGUUAGUGUUAGCUGCGGCGGCAGUGGGCGUGUCCUGCGUGGACAUGUGGUUUAACUCCGCCGUCGUGUACCAAAUCUACCCGCGCUCCUUCAUGGACAGCAACGGCGACGGCAUCGGAGACUUGAAUGGUAUAAAACAGAAGCUGCCGUACUUGCAAGAGCUGGGCGUGGAUGCGAUCUGGUUGUCUCCUAUCUACAAGUCUCCUAUGUACGACUUUGGGUACGACAUUGCCGACUACAAGUCCAUAGCCACUGAAUACGGCACUAUGGAUGACUUCGAUGCGCUCAUGGUCGAAGCUAAAAGACUUGGUGUCCGCGUGGUGUUGGACUACGUGCCUAACCACACGAGUAACGAGAGCGUGUGGUUCACAAACUCUAUAGAAAGGGUAGGCAACUACACUGACUACUACGUCUGGGCUGACGGUAUACCAGACGCAACGAACGCCAGCAUUCUCCACCCGCCUAGCAACUGGAUCAGUGUGUUUAGAAACAGUGCGUGGGAGUACAACGCUCAACGAGGCCAGUACUACCUGCAUCAGUUUGUCAUCGGACAGCCAGACAUCAACUACCGCUCACCAAUACUACGCGAAGAGAUGAAGGAUGUGCUGCGUUUCUGGUUGAAGAAGGGAGUGUCAGGGUUCCGUGUGGACGCGGUCAACAUGCUGUAUGAAGUGAACCCCGCUGAUUUCGGCGGUGUUUACCCUGACGAACCUGUGUCAAAUACGACAUCGGACACUAACGAUUACGGGUACCUGCUGCAUCCAUACACGAAGGAUCUGAAUGAGACUUACUAUGUGGUGUAUGACUGGAGAGAUGUCCUCAACGAGUUCGCUCAAAACGAAUCAAAGAUCAUGAUGACGGAGGCCUACACUGACAUGGACCUGAUGAUGCGCUACUACGGAGAAGGGUCCCGCGAUGGAUCCAUUCCAUUCAACUUCAUCUUCCUCGGCGAACUUAACGGACAGUCCACCGCGAACAAUAUGUCUACUGUUAUUCAAAAGUGGAUGUCGAAUAUGCCAUCUGGAAAGGUGGCUAACUGGGUGAAUGGAAACCACGACAACACCAGAAUGGCUUCAAAGCACGGCGUGAAGAGAGUGGAUGCCAUGAACAUGCUAGCCCUCAUUCUGCCAGGAGUCACCAUCACGUACCAGGGCGAGGAGCUUGGAAUGACUGACGGCAACAUCAGUUGGGUGGACACGAAGGAUCCUCAGGCUUGUAACACAGAAGACCCCAUCAACUACUGGAAGAGCAGCCGCGACCCCGCCCGCACUCCCUUCCACUGGGACGCCACCGCCAACGCGGGCUUCUCCACCAAUAGCUCCACCUGGCUGCCCGUCGCUGACAACUACCAGACUGUCAACGUCGCUGUUGAGAAGGCCGCUGCUAAGAGUCACUACAAGUUCUACAAGGAUGUGGUAGCCCUGAAGCACACCGCCGCGGUGGCCUCCGGUUCCCUGGGAACACAUGCCUUGUCCAGUGAUGUGUUGGUCGUUACCAGGGUCCCGACGAGUACAUCUGAAGCGACAUACGUGGCGAUAUUGAACCUGGCCUCUACUUCCACCACGGUCAACCUGAACUCCAUAGCCGGAGUGCCAGAGGCUAUGCGCGUCGUUGCCUCAGGUGUCGACUGCGCACUCAACAAAGAGGCACAAGUACAGAGAAGUAGUGUUACUAUAUCUGGCAACUGCGCUAUGGUACUAAAAAGCGGCACCACAAGAUUCACAAUCCCAUUAAUGUUGUAUAGCAUCGUAUUAGUAAUACUGUACCUUCAGUAAUAUAUUAUAUAAAUCGUAUUAGUAAGUCUAUUCCCUUCAGUAAUUAAAUAAUUCACUCAUGAAUCCUUUUCAUUUAUUUUUCUAGUGUUUUUGUUAUUGUUAAGAUUGUUUUUAAUAACCAGGGUCUGGCAUGGUGGUUCUAGGCAUAAAAUUAGAAAGGAAAUCAAAUAAGAUCUUCACCACUUGUCUAAAGACAUACAGUAUAUUUUUUAUUGUGCCUCAUAAAGUACCAGACAAGUGUUAGCUAUUGAUGGAGGUAUUUUAUUUCGUAAUAGUUGCCUUUUGCAGCCUUAGCAGCUGCAGUUUUCCUACAAAGGUACAAUUGAAUUAGGCUGUAAUUUUGAAUAUUUUGUAUAUCUUUUAUAUGUUUUCUACUGUUUUCAUUCAAAUGAUAUCAUUGUGUAAGUAGGUAAAUCUUGCAUAAAUAAAGUUUAAAUUAUUAAUAUAUUGUAAAUAGAGAAUAACUACGAAUAAGUAUUAAAUACCUUGUAAAGAUUUUCGCUUCGCGUAGACUCAUCCAUUUAUUUUGUUUGUAAUGAAUUUAAUUAAUACUUUUGUUAUUACAUGUUUAUUAAAUAAAUGUAUUUCUUAUCAUUGUCA